CAUUUCAUCAAAGUUUGGGUGGAACAUAAUCAUCCUACCUCAGUAAAAUUUUGGAACGUUUGAACGAAAAACAGUGCGCGAAUAAUCAUUUAAAAAAAAAAAAAACUGAGUGACAGAAAACCCUGGCUAAAACCCUUGAGACCAGACAUUUAACCUAAAAGUUUUUCAAACAUUUCUCUCCCAAGUCUCUCAUGGCAUCAACAAUCUUCAAAGUAGCCCUCAAAUUAGCGCCAAUAAACUCAGCCAUCUUUACAAGAGCCUACCGCGCAGUCAAAAGAAACAAUCUGUAUUCAAGAAUUAGUCCUCUUGGUGACCCAAAUUUGAGUUUAGCCCCAGUGCUCGAUCAGUGGGUUCAAGAAGGCAAGAAGGUCAAUGUGUCCGAGCUCCAGCGUAUCAUCCGUGACUUACGCGCCCGCCGAAGGUUCAAGCAUGCUCUUCAGGUUUCUGAGUGGAUGAGCAGCAAUGUCCUACCAUUUUCAGUUGGUGAGAGUGCUGUGCGGUUGGAUUUGAUUGGUAAAGUUCAUGGGCUAGAGGCGGCAGAGACUUACUUCAAUAGCUUAAAUGAUGAAGAUAAAAUUGACAAAGUUUAUGGUGCACUUUUAAGUUGUUAUGUCAGAGAAGGCCUUGUUGACAAAUCCCUUGCCCAUCUGCAGAAGAUGAAGGAGCUGGGUUUUGCUUCAACUGCUCUUAAUUAUAAUGAUCUCAUGUGCCUGUACUCACAUACUGGCCAGUUUGAGAAGAUCCCUGAUGUGCUAUUGGAUAUGAAAGAAAAUGGUGUCUCCCCAGACAACUUCAGCUAUAGAAUUUGCAUGAAUGCUUAUGGUGCAAUAUCUGAUAUUAGCAGCAUGGAGCAUAUUUUAGAAGAGAUGGAGAAUCAACCUUACCUCACCAUGGACUGGCUUACUUAUUCUACUGUGGCCAGUGUCUAUGUCAAAGCAGAUCUUAAAGAGAAAGCAUUAAUCUAUCUUAAAAAAUGUGAAGAGAAGGUAUCUAAAGAUGCUGUAGGCUAUAAUCAUCUUAUUUCGCUCUAUGCAACUCUUGGAAAUAAAGAUGAGAUGAUGAGGUUGUGGGGUCUCCAGAAAAGAAAUUCUAAGAAGCAGAUGAAUAGGGAUUAUAUAACCAUGCUGGGUUCUCUUGUGAAGAUUGGUGAACUCGAAGAAUCUGAAAAGUUGUUCAAGGAGUGGGAUUCAUCUUGUCAAACUUAUGAUUUCCGAGUGCCAAAUGUUCUCCUUAUUGGGUUUUCCCAGAGGGGAUUGAUUGAGAAGGCUGAAGCAAUGCUGAGAGACAUAGUCAAAAAAGGGAAGACUCCAACUCCAAAUAGUUGGGCUAUUGUUGCAGCAGGAUAUCUUGAUAAGCAGAAUAUGGAAAAGGCUUUUGAGUGCAUAAAAGAAGCUCUGGCUGUUCAUGAAGAAAAUAAACAGUGGAGACCAAAACCUUCAUUGAUUUCUGGCAUAUUGAGUUGGCUUGGUGAUAAUAGAGAUGCUGACGAGGUUGAAGCUUUUGUAGUCUCAUUGAUAAAUAAAGUUCCAGAAACUAGGGAAAUGUACCUCGCAUUGAGAAACGCGUAUAUGAGAAGUGGGAAAGAAAUUGAUCAGCUAUUGGAGAGUAUGAAAGCUGAUAAUAUAACUGAAAAUUAGGAGACAAAGUUGCUCCUUAGUUGAAGAUAGCAAUAGGCUAAUGUUUCGAUAUUGAGGAUUUUUCGCUUAUGUGAAUUGGUGAUGCAAAUGGUUGCAAUGCUGAUAACGUGAAUGUUUGUAAGAGUCAGGGAAAGCAUUCCAGCGUGUUGGCCUGAUAUAAGAUGAUUGUUUCACCAGUUUCUUUCAUCUGCUUCACAGCAUGAAACGAUUGUUUUGCCUCACAAUAUAUUUUUAAUGUCGUUUUCCCUCCUCUUUAUUUGACUUGCAAAAGAUGCAAAAAUCUUUGGAAUCAAUGUACUAAUUAUAAAUUCCUUA